AUAGGUCCCCUGAAUUUCCGUUAGAGGAGCAGAGAUGCCACCAACGUCAAGUGCCCCACCCCUGUAUCCUCCCCCGGAUGGAGGAUGGGGCUGGGUGGUGGUCGGAGCAGCUUUUAUCUCCAUUGGAUUUUCAUAUGCAUUUCCCAAAGCCGUCACAGUAUUCUUCAAAGAGAUUCAGCAGAUAUUCCACACGACCUACAGCGAAAUAGCGUGGAUAUCAUCCAUCAUGCUGGCUGUUAUGUACGCGGGAGGUCCUAUCAGCAGUGUUCUGGUGAAUAAAUAUGGCAGCCGGCCAGUGGUGAUGGUGGGAGGUUUGUUUUGCUGCCUGGGGAUGGUCUUGGCUUCCUUCAGCACCAGUGUGAUGCAGUUAUACCUCACGAUGGGAUUCAUUGCAGGUUUGGGUUUAGCUUUCAACCUGCAACCCGCCUUAACAAUUAUUGGCAAAUACUUCUAUAGAAAGCGGCCCGUGGCAAAUGGAUUGGCCAUGGCAGGAAGUCCUGUUUUCUUAAGUUCUUUGGCUCCUUUCAAUCAGUACCUCUUUAAUACUUUUGGCUGGAAGGGAAGCUUCUUGAUUUUGGGAGGUAUACUGUUGAACGCCUGUGUGGCUGGGUGCCUCAUGAGACCCCUUGGACCCAAACAACAUGCUUCUACAUCUAAAAAUCAGACUGGCUUAAGAGAAGAAAAUUCAACUCUGAAGGAAAUCAAAAAGAAGAAAUCAGUAUGGGAGAAAGUGAAUAAGUAUUUAGACUUUUCCCUUUUUAAGCACAGAGGAUUUCUGAUCUACCUGUCUGGAAACGUCAUUAUGUUCCUAGGUUUUUUUGCCCCCAUUAUAUUCUUGGCUCCAUACGCUAAAGACCAGGGAAUUGACGAGUAUUCUGCAGCUUUCUUGCUGUCAAUUAUGGCAUUUGUUGAUAUGUUCGCUAGGCCUUCUGUCGGGCUCAUUGCAAACUCCAAACAUAUCCGACCCCGAAUCCAGUACUUCUUCAGUCUUGCAAUCAUGUUCAAUGGGGUAUGUCAUCUCUUGUGUCCGUUGGCACAGGACUACACAAGCCUGGUGAUAUAUGCUGUGUUUUUUGGCCUUGGGUUUGGGAGUGUUAGCAGUGUCCUCUUUGAAACUCUCAUGGACCUUGUUGGCGCUCCAAGGUUCUCCAGUGCCGUGGGACUCGUCACCAUUGUGGAGUGCGGACCAGUUCUUCUUGGCCCUCCUCUUGCCGGUAAAUUGGUGGAUGUAACUGGCGAAUAUAAAUACAUGUAUAUGGCCUGCGGGGCUAUUGUGGUAUUAGCAAGUGUGUGGUUACUCAUUGGAAAUGCUAUCAACUACAGACUGCUCGCAAAGGAAAAGAAGAAGGCAGAUGCAGGGAAGAUGGCCAGCGAAUCUGAACCCCUGAGCAAAUCUAAACCUUUGGAAGAUGUUCACGUCAAAGUUUCCAGUACAAAGAGUACUCCCUCAGAAAGAGAAACUAAUAUUUAAGAAGAAGCACAAUUCUGAUUUUGUGCCUGACAACUUGGAGAAACAAAGCUUGCUGUGACAACAUUGCACCAUUAUGUAUUAUUCCAAAGGUUCCAUUGAUGCCGUAACAUCACUGAGACAUCAUGCGAAGCAGAUUCCUAACCACACCUGUUCACAACACCAAUGGGCAUCAGAAUUAUUGAGAUUAAAGACUAAAAUUACAGUCUUGACAUUAUUCAUCUCAUUUUCUUUUUUUUUUAAAUUUUGGUUUCUGUAUAUCCAUAUUCAUAAUCUCAUGUUUGAAGCUGAGAGACUCAAUUAUCAGUCAUUAAUUAUAAUGCAUAAUCAAAUUAUAAGUUAUCUUUGUUGAUACAAUUAAAAAUGAAUAAUUUUCUGAGCUCACAUCAUUGUUUAUAGUUCUAAUUUUUCUCUUUUUUACUAGCAAUUGCUUGCAUACUAUAGAUCUUAGCUCUUUACAAGGCCCUACAAUCAGGUUUAUUUUAGUCUUCUCUCCCCUACUGCUUUUUCUUCACUUUAACUCAUUUAUGUGCAGACCAUGAAAAAAAAUUGCUGUAGUAUUGAAAAUGGUAAUUUUAAAAGUCUUUCCCUUAAGAGUAAAAUUAAUAUUGCAAAAAGAGAUUUUGACUUUUGUAGAGCAAAUAGGAAUAUUUUUAGACCAAAUUAUUUCUCCUAUCCCAAUUCCCUGCUACUUUACUCUCUGCCUAUUUCUAUGAUUACUUUUUAAAAGUUGUUCUUUCUUUGUUUUUAAUAAUAUCUAGGUAAACUUCUUUAGCAUUUUAAAUCUAAUUCUGCACUUUUUAGUAUGGAAUCUUUCUUUGGCAGAUUUCGUUACACUUCCACCAUUUACA